CUGCGGCUGGGCCAGGACCGGCCGGGACGCGCUGGGACUGGCGUCGCGGCUCGCGGGCGCUGCCCGGGGCGGGGGCGGCAUGGAGCGGAGGUGGGUCUUCGUGCUGCUCGACGUGCUGUGCGUGCUGGUCGCUUCUCUGCCUUUCAUCAUCCUGACACUCGUGAAUGCCCCGUACAAGCGAGGGUUCUACUGUGGUGAUGACUCCAUCCGGUACCCCUACCGUCCAGACACCAUCACUCACGGGCUCAUGGCCGGGGUCACCAUCACUGCCACCGUCAUCCUUGUCUCUGUGGGAGAAGCCUACCUGGUGUACACAGACCGCCUCUAUUCCCACUCCAACUUCAACAAUUACGUGGCUGCUGUCUACAAGGUGCUGGGGACAUUCCUGUUUGGGGCUGCAGUGAGCCAGUCCCUAACAGACCUGGCCAAGUACAUGAUUGGCCGGCUGCGGCCCAACUUCCUGGCAGUGUGUGACCCUGACUGGAGCCGUGUCAACUGCUCCAUCUAUGUACAGGUGGAGAAGGUGUGCAGGGGAAGCCCUGCCAACAUCACUGAGUCCAGAUUAUCUUUCUACUCCGGACACUCCUCCUUUGGGAUGUACUGCAUGAUGUUCUUGGCGCUCUACGUGCAGGCGCGGCUCUGCUGGAAGUGGGCACGGCUGCUGCGGCCCACGGUGCAGUUCUUCUUGGUGGCAUUUGCCCUCUAUGUGGGCUACACCCGCGUAUCUGACCACAAACACCACUGGAGUGAUGUCCUCGUGGGCCUCCUGCAGGGGGCACUGGUGGCCUGCCUCACUGUUCGUUAUAUCUCUGACUUCUUCAAAACCCGGCCACCACAGCGCUGCCUGGAAGGAGAGGAGCUGGAACGGAAGCCCAGCCUGUCACUGACACUGACCCUGGGUGAGGCUGACCGCAACCACUAUGGGUACCCUGUCUCCAGCUCCUGAGGCUGGAAGCUGCCCGGGCAGGACUUCCAGUGGAACUCAGGCUGUGGGUCAGUAUGUCCGUGGUGCUGAGAUGGCAGUGAGGGCUCUGGACAGGCUCCAGGUGCUCCAGGCUGGUUCCCAGAGGGGUUUCUGUUAAACCCACCUCCUAUGCACUGGACAGGGGCAUGGUGGUACCCAGGGCAGCCCUAAUGUUUGGAUGGGGACCUUUCAUUAUGAAUAGAGCUCCCUUGUGCCUCUUUUGUUGGCUUAGGGAAGGGACCAAGAGAUAUGGAUAAAUGCUGUUUUUGUAAAAUGUAUAUGUGGAUUUUUAGUAAAAUAGGGCAUUUGCUUGAUAAAUGUUAUCAGCGCCUCUGUUUUUUAUGGUCAAUCUGAGGACUGUUCUACAGCAGAGAGGGAGAACCCUCCCUUGUCAGCAGCUCAGCUGAGCUCAGUUGUCAGAGCUGGUGAAGUCAACAAGCCAGAUGAAAGUAACAGCCAAGUCUUUAGUCAGUCAUUUCUUCAGUACAAAAUGGUGUUAAAAACUUACAUCAUAUGGGAGCUAAAUGCGCUCAGUUGACCAUGUAAGGAAAUGUAUGCAUGUAUUCCAACCUAUGUAUACACAUCUAAUUAUAAAGAUUUCUGUGUGUAACUGUCUAUAUCUAUAUUAAGCUAAAGAUGAAUUUAUACUGUUGUUUCCAGCCUGAUCUAUUAUCACAUGGAUACUGUAACUUCCCCUUGACCGGGGUUCGCAACUGCAACCUUGGCAUAUCAGGAUGAUGCUGUAACCAAUUGAGCAACCGGGCCAGGGCCAUCUGCCAUUUAUUUAAUUCAUUACUCUAUUCUAGAUUAUUUAGACAGUAGCUUCAGAAUUGUAAAUUACCCCAAGGGAAAUAUUUUCUAAAAUAGAGUCCAUUGUUUAUGUACAGUACAUUUUGCUUUAGUCUAUAGAUUCUGCUCAUUUUCAAAGUUAUGUAGGUCAGCACCUUUUGCCCCACUGUAGGUGGCUACAGUGAGUUUCUUUCAUACAUUUCUAAUAUAGUUACAUUCUUUGGCACAUCCUGUAUUUCAUUAUGUGACACUCCCAUGUCCUAAAUUCAAAUUUAAACUUAAUUUUAAUUGAUUAUGAUUUAAUCGUUGGGCUGUAAAAAACUCUAGGUUUUCAUAAAUGCACAAUGGCAGAUAUCUGUCACUAAAGUGUCCUGUGUAACACAUCGAGUCCUCACACCAUGAUUUGCCAUCUCUAGUUUUGCCUUUUCCAGAAUGUCAUAUAAAUGGGGUCAUACAAUGUGUAGCCUCUUCAUACAGGAUUCUUUACUUAGCAGUAUACAUGUAAGAUUCAUCCAUGUCUUUGUAUAGGUUUGUUUACAUAAAAAAAUCCAAGCCUAUAGAGAAUUUUUGUAAGGAUUAAUUGAGCCAAUAUUGACUACAGUUGCCGGGACGUAAGAUCUCACAUGCACCUGAGAACAGUUGUUUUGCAGCUUCUCUUUUGCAUUUGGGAUUAAGGAGGGAAUGUAAGGAAGAUUAAAUGAAGGUGGAAGAAA